AUGGCCUCCCUCAUGGAUACCGCUGCGAACACGACCACUGUCACCUCGGGCUUGGAUCCGACCUGCUACCAUACGGUAACAUUUCGCAUCCGUGUCGCUAUCGAUACCGUCGCCGCCACAAGCUUCCCUACCAAUACUCCCGCUGCCACUGCCACUGCCACCCUAGCAAUGGAUCCGCCUUUCAACUGUGCCCAGUGCGCUGAAGUCCAAGAGCUUUGGCUCGCGCCCAUGUACCUAGCCGGCUUCAUCACGGUGCUCUUGGUUACCCUCGCCUGGCUCGCUCGACUCUACAACCGCUGA